UGAAGUUUAGCGAUUUCAAUCGAAUGCACGAUUACGCCAGUCAUUUUCUCGGACACUCUACUCACCAGUGUGUGUGUAUACCCGGUUAUAUCCGACGAUGAGAUGUUAGAUGCCAUUAGCGUAGGUCCUUAUACAUUUUAAGUUACCCAGUUGAGUCAUAUUCAAUAUGAAUUUGCACAACAUGUUUAGCCUCAAACGAUACUGUAUAUGUAUUUGUUUGCAAUACCCAUUGCAUAUCAAAUGAACCAAAAUUAAAAGUGGAAGUGUACCGUUCCUUCUUAGAACUAUAACGUGACGCACAUGUACGUUGUGGCAGAGGAGUUUUUCACAUCCAUUGGACUCAAGAAGAUGCCGGACACAUUUUGGACGCACUCCAUGCUAAAGAGGCCGCCAGACCGUGACGUCGUGUCAUGCCUCCGCCUGGGACAUGAACAACGGAACUGACUUCCGGAUCAAGCAGUGCACGAUUGUAACAGGGGACCAAUUCAACACCGUUCAUCACGAAAUGGGCCACGUACAGUACUAUCUCGAGUACAUCAACCAGCCCUACCUUUACAGGAGGGGCGCUAACCCAGGAUUCCACGAGGGGGUAGCAGACAUUGCAAGUUUGUCGUUCCAAACACCAGAACAUUUACAAGAGACAGGAUUGAUUUAGGAUCUUCCAAGCGGAAAUGAGGGUGAUAUCAACUUCCUGUUCCAAAUGGCGUUACGCAAGGUGGCGUUUCUUCCAUUCGGCUACCUGAUUGAUCAGUGGCGGUGGAGUGUUUAUAGAGGUCAGACCACGCCCGCCAAUUACAACACUGAGUGGUGGAAACUCAGAUGUCAGUAUCAGGGAGUUUCUCCGCCCGUGGAGCGAUCCGAAGAUGACUUUGACCCCGGGGCAAAAUAUCACAUCGCAUCAAAUACCCCCUACAUCAGUUAUUUCGUGAGUUUCGUGCUCCAGUUCCAGUGGCACCAGGCGCUGUGUGAGUUGAUAGGGAAGGCAGAACCACUACAUCGCUGUGAUAUCUACCGGAACAUCACCGCAGGAAAUAGACUCAAAGAGAUGCUACAGAUGGGCGCCUCCAAGCAAUGGGCUGAGACUUUGUUCACGCUGACCAAAGGGACUUCUGGUGAAACCAGGAAACUGAGCGUAGCCCCGCUACUCAGUUACUUCAAGCCCCUGCAGGAAUGGUAGACGCAACGAAACGUUGAGGCAAGUGAUACUCAAAUCUGGGACAAAACCUCGUGUCCACCGGGCUCAUUCCGAACUUCCGGCGGCAUAUAAUUGACUUUUAAGACUUAGGUUAAAUACAUGUUCUAACAAUUGUCGUCCGUUCGUCCAAUAAAAAGUAAACACGUUAUGUAAACAAUUCAAGCAGACGGCGUUACACAUUUGUGUACAGACUUAACGAAUAUAUUUUGGCAAUCUAUGCAACAAUGUGUAAUUUUGAUGUGAUAUAAACAUUGAAGUAUUUAGAAUUUCAUUUUCAUUUAGUUUUAUAAAUAUCUUAAUCCAUAGUUUAGCAG